AUGUACAAGGUGCUGUGGGAGAGAAUGAGGAACAAGACCUCCGUGACUGAGUUCAUCAUCUUGGGCUUCUCCAGCCACCGCGAUGGGAAUCUCAUUUUGUUUGUGGUCUUUUUAUGCCUCUACAUCAUGACUGUGCUGGGCAACCUCCUCCUUCUCGUCGCCAUCAGCGUUGACCCAGCCCUCCACACCCCCAUGUAUUUUUUCCUCGGGAACCUGUCCUUCCUGGAGAUGUGCUACACCUCCGUCACCCUGCCCAAAGUGCUGGCCGACCUCCUCUCCACGCGCAGAACCAUCUCCUUUCUGGGUUGUGCCCUACAGCUGGCUUUCUUUCUGUUCUUCGCUGGAUCCGAGUGCUUCCUCCUGGUGUCGAUGGCCUACGACCGCUACUGCGCCAUCUGCAACCCUCUGCGCUACAUGACCAUCAUGAACAAAAGGGUUUGCCUUCAGCUGUCAGGAGGCUCGUGGGUGUGCGGCACUCUGGUGGCUCUGGAGCACACCAUCUUCGUCUUUACCCUCCCUUUCUGCGGCUCCAACGUGAUCGACCACUUCUUCUGUGAGAUCCAGCCACUGUUGCUCGACACCUACUGGAAUGAGAUUCAGAUUGUGGUGGGAGCAGCUAUCAUCCUCCUGCUGCCAUUGCUGCUGAUCCUGGUGUCCUACCUCUACAUCAUCUCCACCAUCCUGAAGAUUCGGUCCACCACGGGCCGGCGCCGGGCCUUCUCCACCUGCUCCUCACACCUCAUCGUGGUGACCUUGUUCUACGGGAUGGCCAUGGUCAUGUAUCUUCGCCCCAAGGCCAGCUUCUCCCCAGAUGUCAACAAGUUGCUUUCUCUCUUCUACUCCGUGGUGACUCCAAUCCUGAACCCCAUUGUCUACAGCCUCAGAAACAGGGAGGUGAAAGACGCCUUAAGGAAAACAGGGAUGAAGCUAUUCAGUUAG